CAAUGUUCAAUUUAACAAGAGCGAAUUUGGAUUCUGUUUUUAGGUGAAUAGCAAUUACAGUUUCAUUUCAUUCUUUCUUUAAAUUCCGACUUAACCACCGUUACGCUAAGACGUUUUCGAACACGACCGCGAAUUUUUUUGAAACGUUCCUCGACGUUUUCUAAGGAUUAUUUCUCAAAUUUUAGUUUAUAAAUAUGCAGUCAGAGCAAGUGUCGAAAGACCGCCCAAACUAAUUAUGAACAAGAACAAAUUUCGUUUCUUUUCUUUUCAACGUUUCUUUUUCUUUAUUUGUUUUAUUCUAAAGAUAAAAAGAGUAACCUAGUUCAACUAAGAAGAAAAUUAUUAAGAAAAAGAAAUUUUAAGAGAGUAUAAAUAAAUUGUAACAAUGGCUGUACAUAUUGUAUAUAAUUACAUGAAAACACAAAACAGACCUUACAGCUCAAAUGAUAUAGUUACAAAUUUGCAUAAUGAAUAUAGCAAAGCUAUAGUUCAAAACGCUAUAGACCAACUGGUAGCUGAUGGAAAACUAUUUGAGAAAGUUUACGGCAAACAGAAAAUAUAUUGCAUCAUCCAAGAUUCAAAACACGACAUAGAUGAAUUAAUAAGGAUUGAAAAAGAAUUGCAAACUCAUGCCAAUGAAAUUAAGAGCAAAUAUAAAGAAGUCAUGAAAGAAAUUAAGGAUAAUGAAGUUCUAUUGUCCUCUUUAAAGUCUAGUCCAACACAGAAAGAUUUAGAAACAGAAAAGAUCACUUUGCAACAAAACAUAAGACAAAUUGUACACAAGCUAGAUUCAUUAAUGGAAACAACUGACUCUCAAGACUUACAUGAAUCUAAAAGAAAGGUAAAAACGCAGAUGGAUGAAAACUCUCGUCAAUAUCUAAAAAGGAAAAGAUUGUGUACUGAGAUAAUAGACUGCAUUUUGGAAAAUUAUCCUGGUGGCAAGGAUGAGUUGUACGAAGAAAUAGGUAUAAAUACAAACGAAGGAAUGAUAUAGUAAAUCAAUUAUAUGGAUUAAGUUUUCUGUUUAUAAUUGUCUUGAAAUAGUUUUUUCUUAACAUUUUCAGACUUAUGUUACAUAUUUAGUUGUUUGUGAUUAUCUGAAACAGUUUCUUUUUAAUAUUUUAAGAGUCGUAUAUUGUAUAUUUAUAUUUAUGCGAUUGCCUUAAAAUGCAGUUUCUUACAAUUUUCAAACUUACAUGUCAUAUAUAUUUAUGUAUUUAAAAUUUAUGGAAAAAUCUGAUUCUCAAAUAUGCAGCUUUUUGAUAUAAAAAUUAUAUUAAAAUAUGUUUAAUUAUUAUUUUAAGUUACUGAAUAAUGUAUAUUCUGGUAUCAUUUUGAAGUUAAUAAGGAAGUAAAGCAACAUUUAUUGAUUAGUUUACAGUCCUUUUUUUAUUUUUUAUAAAUAUGUAAUGUAGGAUACUAAUAGGUAGAUCAAUAUAUAUAAGUUAGAACUAUUAUAUUCUCUUUACUAUUUUCAUAUAUUAUUGAAAGAAAAAGAAUAUAAUAUUCCUCUAAUUUCAUAUAUAUGAUAAGAUUUACAAUAUUUUAGUAUUAUUGUGUAAAUUAUAUAUAUACAUAACAUAAUUUUUUAUUCACAUGCAUAAGAUAUUAUAUACAAAAAAAAUAAUAUACAAUAUCAAAUAGGUGGGAAAAUAGCAUAUUUUUAACAAAAUAAUAUGUAUUAGAAUUGUAAUAUGUAUUAGAAUUAUGUUUUUUUGUUUGUAUAUUUACAUGUGUAAUCCCAAUUACAAUGUAAAAUUUAGUGGUAAACAUCAGCCUAUGAGCUUAGGAGCCUUUUAUUACGUUUUAUGAUCUCCCUAUUCUUAAUCUUGUUCCUAACAUCUUUAAGUUCUGUAAUAUACAGAUCAUGAGAUUAGUUUAUAUAUUAAAGAUUAAAGACUUAACAUUUUACAAAGAAAUUACACGCAUAAUCUUGUUUGAGCCAACAGUAUAUAAAUAAUUUAAGUAAUUUCUGUGUACGCGAUAUUAUAAAGUUACCAAUUCUUUUUUUCAAAUACAAUUUUAUUCAAUUCAAUA